CAGUUUUGUUAUCAGUUCUGCGCGCACCGCUUGAAAGUAAAAGUAGAGUGUUAGCUGACGUUUUUUAUUCAACUGGUUGCAUUUUAUGUAUUUGACGCUGGUUGUAUUUUAUGUAUUUUUAGAUAUGUUUUCUAUCAAGUUACUUGAGUGUUGAUCAACUUAAUUGAUCAUUUGGGCUGAUUUUUAUCUCAUCCACUGAUAACUGGCAAUUUAAAUAGUCAACUAUCAUAUUUUGUUACAGAAUUGAUUGUUGAUUGUUGUCGGUCAUCUCGACAUAAAUUUUAUUUUUUCAUUAUUUUGAAUGGUUUUUCUGUUUUUAAAGAGUGUGGUUGUAAACUAAUAUACGUACUUCAUGAGGGCAGUGUUAUCCCAAUAGUUUAAACACAGUUUCAAGUGUAUAUUAUGUUUGUCUUGUAAGCAGUAGUAGUACUACUGAAGUAGUUUAAAAAAAGUGGUGAACAAUUUUAAAAGCUGAGAAGAUGACUCAAAUAGAGAAUAAUGGAGAAAAAACAGUUGAGGAUUAUCAUGAACAAUUGGGAGGAAAAUUUGGCACAAGACACUGGCAGGCGUUGAUGCUAUUCCUGAUAAUCAUCAAUGCCUACGCGAUGCGGGUCAACUUAUCAGUCGGAAUCGUGGCCAUGACUGACAACUCAUCAAAUCCCCAUUUCCCGAAACUAGACUGGGACGCAAAAACAAAAGGGCUGGUGUUGAGUUCGUUCUUCUGGGGUUACAUUGUUACUCAAAUUCCGGCGGGGCACAUAGCGGGCAAGUUUGGGCCCAAGUUCCUCCUGGGGGGGUCCAUGGUGGUGUGUGGCAUUCUGACUCUCUUGACUCCCGUCAUCUCCAUGCAAGCUGGCUGGAAGUACUUGUGCUUUCUCCGCUUUCUGGAAGGUCUAUGUCAGGGUUGCGUUUAUCCGUGCAUCAACACACUGAUGUCGAAGUGGGCUCCACCAGCUGAAAGGAGUCGACUGUUUGCCUCUGUUUUUAGUGGCUCACAGCUAGGCACAGUGCUGACCCUGUUCGCGGCGGGCAUGCUGGCUGGAGGCGGGGGCGGCUGGCCGUCCAUCUUCUAUGUGACGGGGGCGGUGGCAGUGGGAUGUGCCCUGAUCUGGUUGGCAGCUGGCUCUGACAGUCCGGCUGAUCACCGUUUCAUCUCCGCCGAAGAGAGACGCUACAUUGAAUCGGCGCUAGUCCAUAGUUCGGCCAAGAGCAAGUCAAUGAAAGUACCGUGGAAGGCGAUAGCUACUUCUGGACCAGUCUGGGCCGUCCUGAUCACACAUCUGGCCCAGAACUGGGGCUUCUGGACACUCUUAACACUCAUGCCAACCUACAUCAACUCGGUGCUUGGAUUCAAUAUCAAGAGUAAUGGAAAGCUGUCUUCUCUACCCUAUCUUGGGAAUUUUAUUCUCACAUUGAGUUUUUCAUGGUUAGCUGAUGUGAUCUAUCAGAGGCGAAUCCUGUCAACGAGUACUGCUAGAAAGAUGUUCAAUAGUAUUGGUCUGUGGGGUGCCGCAUUCGCCCUAGUUCUGCUAGGCGCUGCCGAUCACUCGGUGACCAGUGCGGUGACUCUGCUCACUAUGGCCGUGGCCCUGAAUAGUGGCACUUUCAUUGGCUUCCUCGUCAACCACCUCGACUUGGCGCCCAACUUCGCCGGAGUCCUCAUGGGCAUCACCAACGGUAUCUCCAACAUCACCUCCAUACUGGGCCCUAUCUUCGCCGGCAUCAUACUUACUGAUGAGACUGAUGUGAACGAAUGGAAAGUAGUGUUCUACCUUUCGGCCGGCAUAUUCUUUUUCGGCAAUAGCAUUUUUGUUAUCUUCGGUACGGCUGAGGUUCAGAAAUGGAAUACACCUGAAGGCGAGUCUAAAAAGAAUGAUGAACCUUGACGUUUCUUUGGGAUGAUCAGAAACAAUAAUCAAUUGAAAUGUUGAAAAAAUCUGGAAUUGGGAAUCCAUCUCCAUGAGGUACUGAGGAUUUAAAUCUAGAAUUCAUAAAGUUCUGGCAAUAUCUUGUGAACUUAGGCAUUGCUACUAAUGCUUUAAGUCCAAUGUUCAUCAAUUUAUUAUUUGAGAACUCAAAUUGAUCAUAUGAUUGAUCUAAAAUUAUAAUUUUUUGUCAUUGCCAAAUCAAUGUAAGGUCUGUUGCGUCAUAGGUAGGUACUUUAAUCUUAAUAGGUACUUUAGAAUAUAUGCUUGUUCAAAUCGUGGAAAAAUUGAGUAAGCUAUUGUACGCAAUUACUAUAUCAUAGAAUUUGUGUGUGACCUAAGUAGUCUAGCUACUAUUGUAUUUUGACAUUUUUUAAAAUUCAAGUGACCCAAAAUUCAAUUUAAUCUGGACAUGGAGCAUAUGCUAAAUAUGAUUUUAAUAAUGAUUAUGACACGCGUACACUUUUAACAGUCUGUGACUCUAUCUUCACUGGGUAUCCAAUGAUUUCCUACCAUAUAUUUGUAGUUAUAGAGCCAAAUCUACCAGUUAGUUGAAUAUUAUUAUGUGUGAUAAUUACACGUUAUUUUCAAUCAUGGUCUUUGAUUAGAUACAUACUCUCUUUCAUCAGGAUAUCGUUACAUAUUUUUCUGAUAGUGAAAGAUUUUAUUUUCCCAAAAAAUGUUAUUGUUUGAAAUAUUAUAUUCAAAUAUUUUUUUAUUGAAUUUAUUGUGAGGAAGACCUUUUUGAAUCUGAAUUUCAAUACCUAUUGUUCUUUAUGUCUGUGAUGUUUUAAUAUAGUAUAAUUUAUUACGCACAUUGAUUGGAAGGCUUAUAUUAUACAGUACAAUUGUGCAGUACAAAAAUGAUCAUAAUUUAGUACAAAUUUAAUGCAUUUCAUGAAAUAACUAAUAUUUCCUGUAGUUAAACUACAUCAUUAUAUUUGCAUUAUGAUAUAUUAAUACA